AUGGGAUCGUUGAAAGUGGUUUUAAUCUUCAUCUUCGGGACAGAGAUUGGUAACCUUAGCUUCUGGUCUAGCGCAGCUGAAAAAGAGCAUAUAGAAGUACCUUUAGUGUUUGGCUGGAUUGAAAAGCCGCCGUAUGCAGUACCACGAACCAAUGAAUCUCUAGAUAAUGAUGCCCAUGGAUUAAUCCGCGACGCCGUGUUACGGUAUAUUCUAGUGGAGUGUGGAUAUUAUCUCAAGCUGGAAUAUCAAGUGUCCACCAGGAAAUUCGAAAGCGAAUUUGAACUGUUGCAACAAUUGCGGCAGAACAUAGUACACAUUGCCUUACCAAUAUUCAAGGAUACCAAUAAUCGUAAAUACAGUGAAUUUACCUUCUUCAAACUUGACGAUUGCCCAGGAACUGAAUUUAUCAUUACCGAGGAUGACACCACAGCGCUUACAGUUGUGAUGGAUUCUGUUUUGAAGUCUUGGCCAUUGCUUGCUGUCACUCUUGUCCUCACAGCUAUUGCUGGAAUUAUUAUGUGGGCUCUGGUGAGUGACUGUGCAGGAAAGUAGACGCCUAGAACCUGCUGUAAACGCAUUGUAAUAAUAAAAAAGAAAAACGUAAAUCUUGAGUUUGCUGCUCCUUAGCCCCUUUAGUCUGCCUAUUCCUGACGUAUUUUUUCUUCAUUAAAGAAAAAAAUAUCACCAUAAAAUAUUGCUACUGGAUUGCAUUGCAAACAGACCAUUUCCUAAUUUAUGAGCGCUGCAAUCGUUUCCUCUAGUCUACAGCCAGCCUGUUUUAAUAGGCGAGAGAUGGACUUUUUGGAACAGUAUUAAAUUGUCAAAAGUUAAAAUGCGCGCAAAGGUUUUAUAAAAUUGUCACUGCAUCGUAAGAGACCUGCAGCUACUAAAAAGAAAGCGUCAAUUCGAAGUACUUUUUACGUUUUUUCUAUCUCUUUUCUUUUGUUUUUGUUUUUUUUUGUGCAGGACACGUACUGGAAUAGUGAGGAGUUUCCUCGCUCAUUUAUCAAAGGAUCAUGGGAUGGAUUCUGGUGGUCUUUUAUUUCCAUGACCACAGUAGGGUAGGAAAAUUGAGUAAUCUUAAAAGACUCGAAGCAAAAAUGUUAUAUAUGGUAACCGGUUUGUAAUACAGCUAUCUCUAGGAGAUGCGAUGAAUCAGCCGAAGAUACUGCGAGUUACGGAAGCCAAUCAAAACGGGCGAAAAUUGCCAUUUACUACCGGAUUUGUUUAAAUACUAAAACUGAUUAUUCGUUAUUGAUGAAAGGUUUUAUUUGCGUUAGAGUAACAGAAACUCCAUAAAAAACAAAUAGAAUUAUACAGAGUAUGUUAAAGAACUAAAUAAACACAGUUCAGGAAGAAACAUUUGAUACUUCUUUCAGUAAUUUUAAUGCUAAUUUGUAGCGUAGUCUCCUUUAAUUAGCCCAUGAAACCAUUAAAUGUUUCAUCGAUGUUAUAAUGAAUUUAUACCUAAAGAAUUUAGACUGUCUUGUUGAUAUCAUCCAUUUGACAAGGCGUACGUUGUGCUGAUGUCACAUUUUGGCCAUUGCGCCCUCAUGGCUCACUGACGUAGAAAUUACAUAGGGCGGAGCGGUAGGGGCAGUCCUGUCAACCAUUAUCCAGAAGUUCAAAAACGUAAUACAGCCCUAAGUUGAUGAUCAUUUUUAAGUCAGAUCUUGUUUCUGAAUAGUUUCGUUAUUUCACCAAUUCAAACCUAUUGUUUUAUAAAUCCAUGUAACAGCUAUGGGGACAAAUCUCCCAAGUCGAUCGUUGCGAGGCUUUUCUCCAUCAUCUGGAUCAUGUUAGGACUUAUUGCCAUGGCAAUAUUCACGGCUAGUGUAACCUCAGCUUUGACCGCUGCCUCACUGGAAAUGAAACCAAGUAGCCUUGAAGGGUACAAGGUAUUUUAAGUGCAUUAUUUGUUAGCAUAUCACGAAAUUAUAUAGUCUACAGUCUAAGACUUCUCUGAGUCGCCAGUCACACAAAAGGUUUCCAUAUCAUCUGAUGAUGAUCGGCGAUCGGUCUCAGUCACGUCACAUUUAUUUUACAAUCGCUAACAUGACAAGUUUUAUGACUUAAGUUUGGUGCAAGAAUUGCUGUCAGUAGAGGGGGUGGGGUCGAGGGGUGGGGGUCGAGUCCCACGUGAAAAACACGAGUAAAUUAGAACUAAAUCGCAGAUCUGAUCUGGGUGUGGCUCGGAAAAGAGACUGCACUGAAACAAGUAAAUAAUUACCAGACCAGUUAUGGGGUAUGGAGAUUUGAAUUAUGCAGACGAGGUUAAAAUUCAGUUUUUAGUAAAAUUCAGUCGAGUGGUUUAUAGAUAUUUUAAAGUUCGCGGCACCAGCUAAUGGCUUACUUCACAGUGGUUUUCAAUAGCGUAUUGUUAUUUUUGACAGCCAUUGUUAUUCCUAAUACUGACUAAAAACAGUAGCUCGCUGGGCUUAAGAAGGCGUGACGUUUCUACCAGAUUUUUUCAAACUCGCAUGGAUCAUGUGGUUCUUGUCCAUAACUUUUAAAAGUUUAAACGUAUUCUGCGUAAGGAAUGAUCAGAUCUAACAUAUUCUAUCGGUGGAUUUGACGAUUUCGUCACUGGUUUCCAGAAAAUCACGCUUUAAGUCAGCUUCCAUACAAAAAAUGGCCUCUUUUUAGCAAUUUUCGUGUGCAGAAGGAUUAUACAGCGUUUUUACAUGACGUCACGGCGGCCAUAUUGGUGUUCCAAAACAAUAAAACGGCGGCCAUGUUGGUGUUUCAAAACGGUCUUGAGAGAGUUGAUCUCUUUUCUUAUGUAAACGCUUCCUUUUGUUUCAAUAAAUUUGCAUAGAUGCUGGUCACGUGAGUUAAAACGCUCUAUAGUCCUUUUGUCAUGUAAAAAGCUUAUCUUUUGUACUCAAAUCGUAGAUAUAUCAUUCAUUUUCAAUAUUCCGUCAUUGGAUUUGUCAUUUUGGAGCUAACGAAGUCGCGCGAAUAAGUUUUAUCAAAGCUGGUGGGCGAAAAGAGGCCCUUUCUUUUCUCUUAUUCAGAGCUUAUUGAAAGCCAUCAUGCAUUCGAAUUUGCAGCUUCGGCGGUCAUGAAUAGCUAACGAAGUCCACUCUUUCUGCGCGAUGUAUGGCAGCCAAUCCAAAAGAAGGCACGAAAUCAGACAGAAACUGCGGAUGGAGAUAGACCAAAGUCAGUAGCUUACAACUGGGGUUUUGGUGAAAACAGUCAGGCCUUUAAAUUAUAAGUUCAUCAAAGCUUAUCUAUAAUGUUAAAAAUUGGAAACAGUGAUCGUCGUGAAGCUGUAAUUUUGUCAUUUGGAAGUUGCUUCUUCUUGAAAACCGGUUAGGUUUCAUGUUAUUAUAUUUAAAAACCUCAUAUAAUAAGUAAUAGUAAAAAGUUUGGUGUUUGCAUUAGAUUGCAGUGUUGGGCAAUGGAACAGAGUAUGAGCAUGCGCUGAACGAACAGGCUGAACCAAAAGGUACUUGGUCAGAUUCGGUGAAUAUGAAUAUAUAUUAAUAUCUGACUGAAUUUAUGUAAACAUGGCUUCAGUGAGUGUAUACAGGUCCUAUGCUAAGUAUGUCCUUGGUACCAAGACCUUGACUCUCCCACCAAGGGCAAUGGGUGACUUUCUGCGCCUCCCACUGAGCUCUGCAAUUAUCAUGAUAAUCAUUCUCAGCAGAGGCCUGGCUCAGCUGGCCUGGGCAAACUAAGAACAAAGAGCUGUGUCAAAACAGCCCCCUCCCUACCCCAGGCCCCCAGGCCUGGUCCACCCACCCACUGUUAGGGCAGUCCCUGGGCUAUCCAGCUGUACCGGCCAAGACGUCAAGGCCCCUGCUUUUUUGGACACAGCACUGGCCUGGAGUCGGGCUGCGACCGGCGCCAGACGAAAACCUAGAGGCCACGCUUUAACGAAAUCAAACAGACAUAUAAUUAUGUAUAAAUGUGCAUUUAGCGGCACUAUUAUCAGCAGUAGUUCUUUGUAGACUGAAGUGGAUGUUCAUCGGUACUCGAGGAACAUACGGAAGUACAGACGUGCAGUUGGGGCGCCAUCGUGAAAAAUCUGUAAUAUCUUUGUUGAAAUUAUGAGCGACCGUGAGAGUACUUUUGGGUUUUGUGCGAACAGCAUCAGCAGCUUUAAACAUAGACUAUAUUUCAGCUGAGUGAAUAAAUGUUUUAAGCAAUUUGUCCGCGACACCAUGACACAACUUGAAAAGUAAUAAGCCUGACUGUUACAGUACUUUUUCAAGUUAUAAAAAUACUUUAUGUUUCUGUGACUCUCUUCAUGGCGGAAAACUACCGUGAAUAAUUUUACCUUGCGCUUACAAAUAAGUACUUCUUAAUUUUAACUUAACAUGAAUAAACAAUUUUUGAAUUUCUAGCAUACCGAAGAAUAGAGGACAUCCGACAAGCACUGGAUGCUAAAGAGGUCGAUGGAAUGAUGUUGGACCACUACACAGCCGCCUAUUAUCAGAAAAGAGACAAACUUAAAUCACUUAUCAUUGUAAAGAACUUUGAUCUUCCCAGGGAGGUAGGAGUGCUCUUUUCUAAGGACAGAGAAUCCAUUGCGGGCUGCUUAUCGAUACACCGUUCAAACAUUUGGAGACAGCUGCAAACGAUUACAGCAGCAUUUCAGGUACUCAAUAUAAUUCAUUAUUCCUUAUAGUUAGUAGUAAGUAGCGAACUUAAAUAGAACAAAGGUGUUAUACAUUUAGAAACAAGACCCUCCUAAGCAUGAAUUCAGGCUACAAUCCUCAGGAUUUAGUGGAAGGAAAAUAACUUAAGAUUUAAUACUUAGACUCAAGCGACGCUUGGAGGACGAGUUGCGUUUCAAAGACCUUGAAACCAUUUGGGAUAAUAUAUUCCGAUAAUGCCGACUAAUUUACGAAUCAAGUUAAAUUUUAUUAAACAAUUAAGAAUAAAAAUAAGCGAAAAAAGUUUAGAACAACGUUUCGAUGUCGCCAUGACGUCAUUAUCAAUUGACAAACUAAGAUAAGACGAAAAAACUAAAACCAAAACUAAAAAACUGACUAAUAUAUACGAAACUAGAAGACCGUCUCAGGUCUAGUCGGAUCAAUUAUAAAGAGAGAAAAAUCCCUGAUAAUAAAAACAUUAUAUUUUACAAGUUAUAUAUCGAGCAAACAAAUUUUUAUUCGAAAGUGAUUAUCUGGAACUUAAACUGGUCAAUUUGAAUAAGAAGUAGCUGUCUGGUUAUCAUCAGGACGGGUAACUUGACGGUUAACAAUCAUCAUAUACAUUACUUUCUUCUUAUUUCAUUUUUUUUUUUUUUUUCAUUUUCUGUUAUCAACAUAAUUAGUAAUGUCUCUAUUUUCCAUUUAUUAGCUAAAGAAACAAGAGACUUCCAAACAAGUUAACCUCUUCGACAAUACAUCUACUUUUGCGAUACAGCUUUUGUAUAUAUCUCUUGGAGUGCUGAGCGCUUUGCUUCUUAUGGGAACAAUAUGGGAAUUUUAUUUUAGAAGAAAAACUAAAAUGGAGAAGUAUACAGUAAAAGGU